CAACAGACUCUCGACCACCCACCUCCCCUUCACAACUUAGACUCUUUACUCUAUCAUGCAUUUCUCCACUGCUCUUACCGCCCUGGCCGGCGUCCUUGCCUACAGCUCGCUUGCUGCGGCCAGUCCACUCGCUGAACCACAGAACGCUGGCAGCGGCAACUCUCCAAGCAACAGAUGCAACACCCGGGCUGUGACAGGCAACCAGGUUGUUCAGGGAACCGCACCGACUUGGAACGAUUGCUACACCCUUGCCGAUAAAUUCCAGAACGAAGAGUUCUUCAGAAAGAGCAUCAAGGUGGAGGGCAACUACAAGCAGACGUACGGAACCUGUGGCUUUUCUAUAACAGCCAAGGCAGGAGACUUCCAGCUCGGCAAAGAUGAUGCCGCCGACCUUAUCAGAAGCACCGCUGGUGACCUUGGUGCCAAGAGUGGAGCAUACCAAACUGGCCUUGUGUCAUGCGACACUCCUGGAACGGCUGGAGGAGACCGCGGCCGCCAGACAGGAUGGACCAUCGGCAACUUGGACGCUCCAGGCCCAAAGCAAGGAUGAUUGCAUUGAGAUACAGCUACAGAAGACUGAGAGAUCGUUGGUUCGGUCGCCUAUUCAACUUGUACAUUAUAUUUGCUACUCAGACAAUGAACGCGUUCGCAGUGCCGACAAUCAGAAAGAAUCUCACGGGAGCAGUGAAUGCGUUUCUUGAAAGUGAUCGAAGAGUCGUGCACAGGGCGUAGGAUAUUCAAGUCUCCUCCAAAUUGUUGGCCACGCCAGUUCUUGAGGCUGGAAGUCGAUGCAUACGGC